UAAAACAAUCCAGCAGGUUGUUCAAGUUAUUCCUGUUUAUACGAUGUCUUUGCUCGUUUGUGUUACUUUGUAGAGGCAUGGCUAUUGAUUGUAAGAACGUAUUUUGUAUAUAAGGGUUUGUAUGGUCAUACUGUAAGGACACAAAUCUAAGGUACAGUAGCGUCAACACUGCUAAAUAAGUUGGGCUUGUCAGUUUUGGCGCCUUGAUUACUUCGUGGAGGAGAGUGCCUCUGUACUUCCAAGCAGCAAGCAGGGGAGAAGACUGAAAUCGUCUUAAGACCAGUACACACCAAGGAAGAGGAUGGCUCCUGAGAUUCAGGUUGUGGUACGUGCAACCCAAACCUGGCUGCAGUCGUCCCGGCAUGUUCAGGUGCCCUUUGCCUGGCUGGAAGCCUGUGUGGAGUGGCUACAGGAGGAGGCAGGAGGAGCAGGUCGUCUGUCACAGCAGCAAAUCAACCAACAGGCACUGGACCAGUGGCUGUUGACAGAUCUGAGGGACCUGGACUACCCUGUUCUCCCUGAAGGACUCGCUCAACUCCAGAAGACAGAGCUCAGGGGCAUCUUCUGUGUCCAGGUUGACUCAUUACUGGACAUCAGUCAGCCUGCGUAUGGUCAGCUGCAGAAGUGGCGGGGCACAGCAUGUGCCAAUGACGAGGUGUCUGCUAUCACACAGGCCACACAGAGGCCCUGGGAAGCCAGGACAAGCCGCAUGCUACUACUGCAGGUGACAGAUGGAGUCCAGAGCUUGGAAGCCAUGGAGUAUCAGCCUAUACCUGCACUGAGCUCAGCUCUCAGGCCUGGUGUGAAGCUGCAGUUACAAGGGAACAUGGUUUGCAGACUUGGGAUGCUGCUGUUGGGGCCGUCCAACGUCAAGGUCCUGGGUGGUGAGGUGGAAGACUUGGUGGAUAGAAACAAGCAGGAACGAGUGCUGUGUCGGACGCUGGGACUUCCUGAAGAGCAGCAACAGCAGCAACAGGAUGGGGAAGAGGCUCAGCCAUCACACCAAGGCAACCAGGAAUCUGAGGACCUGGAACUAGAUGACCAAGACUUGUUGGCCAGUCUGGAGGCCCAGGAGGAGGUGGAAAGGCCUCCAGUUUGGCCUGUUAGAGACAGCGGCUACAGGACACUCAGCGAGCCCUCCACUCAGUCCUCGAGAAGCUCCUCUGUCAGGAGCCUCAUCUCAUCUGCCUCAUCCAGAAGUGAAGCCUCUACCCGCCCAUACAGCAGUGCUUUGACCCAGAGCAGCAGAGGUGGUUCAGUCCAAGGUUACGGACACAAUGAUGAACAAGAGGAGUCUGACCACAUUGACCACUCAUCUUCUGACCACGUGAUUCAACAAGAGAACACAGAUCACAGCAUGGCAGAUGAAGAUUUUCCUGAUGAAGAUUUUGACGACCUUCCCCUAGAUGAGUUGGACAGUGUGAUUUUUCAGGAUAGCACGGAUGUAACUGCACGGUCCGAUAGUGGUCACAGGAACACGUCACAGAAUCACAACGGAAUAACGGGAAGCGGUUUGGACAGAACAACAAAACCCCAAACCGAUCAGUUCAAGCAGCCCAUUUUGACUGGCUCAGCAUCACGGCUUAGCUCCAGCAACUCCACAUUUCCUUCACAACAGAGAGACAGUCAAAGCUCUAUGAGAGGAACUUCAGGACCUUUAGUUGAAUCGACUUUCAAACCCGUCUUUUCCUCAACAGCUUCAGAGCCAUCACGUGAAAGAAGCCUAAUUAAUGAUGAGAGCGAUUUCAUGGAUGAGGAUAUGGACUGCUUUCUUGAGGAUGUAGACACCUAUGGAGGGCAAACCGGAGAGCCAGAUGUUCACCAAGGACCUAGCAGAGACAGAGAGUAUGCUACAAAUCAAACAGAAACUUCAGGCACCAGUUUUAAAGUGACCUGCAAAUCAUCAAGAAAUGAAGCAGAUACCUUCUCAAUUAAGGAAAGCUCACACAGCAUACCUCAGAGGCAAAGUCACACCUCAAGCUCUGCAGAAUUUCAUAGAUUAUCUGCAAGAAAUGACUCACAGGGUGACAGCACUGACCCCGCUCUCACCUUGACCUCUCCACCAUUUACAUACUUGUGCCUGCUAGAUGAACUGAUCUCUAAACCACACCCGCAUCCCAUAAAGAUCCACGUCAAAGCUUUCAUUGUGACUCUCUUGGGGAAACUUAGCAGCAACAACGGUGUUUGGCGGGUCAGCGCUACAAUAUCUGACGGAAGUGGUUACCUGGACGUGGAGCUGUCAGAUGAGGUUUUGAUAGGCCUGCUGGGUUUCUCUGUGGCAGAGAAAGGUGCUCUAAAGCGCGACCCUGCCAGGAGACAUGAGCUGGAUGCUGGAAUGAGAAGAUGUCAAGAAGAGCUGGUGGACAUGUGUUGUGUUAUGACUAUCGCGGUUGAUCCAGAGGGGAAAAAUGCUGUGGUGACCAAGGCAGACCCUGUCAAUGAGAAAGUAGUCCAGGAGCUAGAGUGGAAGGUGAGAGACAGGAGAAAAUAAACACUGAGAAGAGGUUGAGGGGAAGUGGGUGAUAAUGAGAAAAUUGCAGGAACCGGAGAAGUAUAUUGCCCUUAAGCAGAGAUGAAAAAUUGCAAAUGGGACAAAUCUGAGGCAAAUAUCACAUUUCACAACGGCAGUGCAUGAAAAAUUGUUCCCUUCUGUACUGAAACUAAGGUACUUUUGAUAUUGGUGAUUAACCUGCCCUUCUGCUUCAGACUGGUGGAGCACAAUGUGUGAACUGGUUGUCUGAUAAUCAGCAAGCAGCGUGUUGCAAUGCAUCCCAUCUGCUAUAUGUGACAUUCUGUCAUCUGUCAUUAGUGGAUUUCAUUCAUCUAUUCAGAGAGCUAUUUUCUGCAUAAAAUGCACAACAUCUUUCCAAAGCAAAGUAAACAGAAAUUUAACUAUACUUUAUCUUAAUGGUUGGAUUGAGAACAGGCCAUGAUCGGA